AUGUUAUAAGAACUAAAUAAAGUUGAAAGAUUAACAAAUAAAGUAUGGAGAAUAUUAGGUUUAAAUCCGAGUUAAUAUACAUUGUAAGGAACAAAUACAUAUUUAAUAGGAGAAGGUAAUAAUAGAUUGUUAAUAGAUACUGGUUAAAAUAUGUAAGGAUACAAAGAACUUCUUUAAGGAGUUUUAAAUUAAACAAAUAGUUAGAUUAAUUAAGUUUUAAUAACUCAUAAUCAUUUAGACCAUGUUAACGGAAUAAUUGAUAUCCUUUAAUUAAGCAAGAAUUGCAUUUUUAGAAAAUACAAUUAUAAUAAAAAUGAUUAGAUUUUAGAGGAAAAAUAUAAUUUUAAAUAUGACAUUAAAACUCUAGAAGAUAAUGAAAUUAUUAAAGGAUAAGAUUUUACAUUAAAAGUUAUUACAUUGCCUGGCCAUUGUCCUGAUCAUGUAGGAUUUUAUUUUUAAGAAGAAAAGACUCUUUUUUGUGGAGAUUUUAUUCUUUCAGGAAGUAGUGGAGUCAUUAUGAAUUUAAGUGAUUAAAUGAAAUCCUACCAAAAAGCUUUAAGUUUGGAUAUUGAAAAUUUGUUUUCUGCUCAUGGACCUGCUAUAUUUGGAAAUGAUAAAAGUGUAAAAUAUAUUAUUGGUAAUAGAAGUCAUAGACUAAAAAGAGAAUAAUAAAUUAUUUAAGCAGCUUAAAGCUUAAAAAUGUUUUCUAAUUAAUAAAUUAGACAUAUUAUUUACCCAAAUUUAUAGGAAAAUCUUAUUACGGGAGCCUUAAAUAAUAUAGAUGUCCAUUUAUAAAAAUUAAUAGAAGAAUAAGUUGUUAUUAAAAAAGAAAAUAAUAUAUAUGAAUAUAUAGGUUAAUGAAUAAUAAUAAUAUUUUAUAAUUAUAAAAAUAAAUAAUUAAUAUUAAAAU